AAGACAUCAAGUAUGGGAUAUAUCGAUGUAUCCUAUGUUACAUUCUUCGUAUUUUACGUGCACGAUCACACGUAUAUAUAAUGACAUCAUCAAUAUACACGACAUGUUAAGAGAGUGUGAUUUCAAUCGCAGGUAAUAACAAGUAGCUAGCAAGUGUUUAGAGAUGUCAACAAGAAAAAAAGAGGAUGUUUCUAGUGUGAGGGAGAAGAGGGGCUCUUCUCCCUCACCCUCUCAUCUCAAAUCAAGCCCCAAACCUUCCAAAACCGUCUCCACUUCUAGAAGCCUCGGCUCCUCCCCGUCAUCGGAGAAAGCCACCCCCAACUACCUCAGGCCGACGCUGUCGUCGUCGCACUCGUCCGGGGACACCGCCAAGCUACAAGGCAGGAGGCUCGUGUCGAACACCGACAGCGCCCUCAAGCCGAACCUAGCCCGGAGGAGGUCCUUCGACAAGCCCCCCUCCCCGACGCGGACGCUGAAAACGCGGGGCGUCUCGCCCACCCCGACGUUCCGUUCCUCCUCGUUCUCCGGGAAGACCGGAGCCGGUAGGGCCGUGACUUCGCCCAAGAGCGACCGAGGCGCGAAAGGGACGAGGGAUGCCGGGAAACAGCAUUUGUAUGCUAGGGCUGUGGGCACCCUAACCAAGAGCGCCACCAUUGCUAGUAAAAGUAGUAAAAGCAAGAAAGCUCAAACUGCUUCUUCAAGAAAGGAAGAUCAUCCCUCGGAUCAUCUAGAACCUUCCGUUGCUGAAGAUGAAGAAGAUUCAGUGGUGGCAGAUCAAGAACUGGACAGCAGCAAUGAGCAAACCACCCAAGCAGACACAGAUGAGGAUGAUACACUUGAAGAUGGAAGUCACAAGGCUGAUGCUGAUGCUGAUGCUGAUGUUGACGACGCUGCUGAGGUUGAAUCGCCCCCUACGGUCUUAGAACAGCGCGACGCAAGCAUUGGGGAGGCCGAAAGUCCAAAGAUGAUUUGUGAAGAAAGUGAUGGCAAUGUGUCCAAGAUUGAGUCUCCUACAGCUUUAGGACAAGAUGAUGCUGAUAAGGUUGAAUCUCCGACGGUUGCAGAGAAAGAGGAGAUAAGCAAGAACGAAGUGGAGAGCGCUAAUCCUGAUCAAGGCGAAGAAGCAGAGGAAAUGGAUACGAAACCUGAAGGCGAGGUGCAGGAAGGAGAGGUUGAGGAAGACGCGCCAAGGCUGUCUCACGGGAAGAAGGACGCGGCCCUCUCCAACAACGUGAUCGAAGAGAUGACACGAGAGCAGAGGCGAAACAAGGUGAGAGCGCUGGCCGGAGCGUUUGAAACUGUCAUAUCAUUGCAGGAGCAUAACAAGAGAAGUGAAGCAAAGCAAAGCAAUGAUUGAGUUAAAUAUGGAUUGCUCAUCAGUUGAUGUAUGUGCUUUUGUUUUUGUAACGUUUUCCAGUUAGCACCAGUUGAUCUCUGUACAACAAAACCACUGGUAAAUUUUGGAGGAGCUUUUUGUGUUUGAUUCGUAAUGCAUAAUGUUCAUAUUAUCAUGGAUGUUAAACUUUAUAGUAAUUCUAAACAACUCAUAGUUGCAAUCUAAAUUUUUUAUUAUAGAUGAUGUUACUUGUUAUGAACUAGUCUCAAAAAACUUUUAUCCACUAGAAAUUCCCAAUUACACUCUUGAAUUUUCAAAUCGUGAUUAUUGUCAAACACAAGAAUACAAGUAGGAAUUAAAUUUGGAAGAACAGAGUUUCUUUUAGAUGUUUUCGGAAAGUGCUUUCUAUUUUCAGUAUUUUUGGAGAAAUUUGGAUCAUCAUCGUAAAUAACCCAAGCUAUAAUUUUUUUUUCUUCUUUUCAUUAAUUCGGAGUAUAUAUAUAUAGUAUUAAAAUUUGAAUGAGUGGAUCAAUUGAUUUUCUUAAGGGGAAAGGAAGGUGUAGAAGCAAAAUCAGUUUUUCAUACGCGGAGGGAGAGUCGAACAAAAACGUCAAAGCGUGUGCAGAUAUAUUCAAAUUCAAUUAUUGAAUUUGGCUUCAAAUUUGGAAUUCACAUUUCCCCUUUUUUCUAGCUUAUUCCAGAAGCAGAAUCCCUCUUUUCCCCUCACUCUAUAUAAAUUACAAACCGCGAUUAUCCUCCUCAACAAUAUUCCGAUCUCCUACACAAAAUCAAUCGCGAAGGAAGCAAACCCUAAAUCAGUAGAGAGAGAGAGAGAGAGAGAGAUGUGCUUGGUGUUCGUGUGCGACGAAGACGAGAGGGUGAUUGGGCGGCAGGCGGCGCCCGGCGCGUGCCCCUACUGCGGCGGAAUGGUGCAGGCGUUGGACGUGCAGAGCAACUGGAGAUUCUGCUUCGUGCCGCUCUAUUUCAAAACUAAGCGCAAGCUCUAUUGCUCCAUCUGUUCAAGGCGCUUGGUCGUCCAAUAAUCUAUUUCCAGAUUAUUUUUCCUUUUUCUUUUUCUUUUUUUGGGGGGGUUUUCGUGUUUUGUUAAUUAUUCUGCUGCUGGGUUUCUUUUGGAGCUGGCUAUUUUUGGGGAAGUUAGGUUUGUAUAUAUAUAAUGUAUGGAUAGUAUAAUAUAAUCAAUCAAUCCGCGAUGUAUUAUGAAACUGAAAUAACGUUAUUGUUUUUUAUUUA